AUGAUGCCGCCGCCGACCCCGGCAACGAUGAUGAUGAUGAUGCCGACGUCGACUCCGGCAACGAUGAUGAUGCCGACGGCGAUGCCGCCGCCGACCCCGGCAACGAUAAUGACGACGCCGACGUCGACUCCGACGGCGAUGCCGCCGCCGACCCCGGCAUCGACGGCGAUGCCGACGACGACUCCGGCACCGGGAAAAAAUAUGAAAAAGCGCAUAAAUGAGGCCAUACGACGGGCCGUAAAUAAAGAGCGGCGAAAAUUCAACCGAAGACCCGGACCUGCACAAAAAUAUAUGCCCGGGCCACCCGGAGGUUAUUAUAUUCCUGCACCAGGAUAUAUAACCGGCGCAGGAGGAUACGCUCCCGCGCCAGGAUAUGUGCCUGGUGCCGCAGGAUACAUGCCGGCACCGGGAUAUGUGCCUGGCGCAGUAGGGUACGCUCCCGCGUCAGGAGAUCCGUCUUCUUCCUUGGAUGGUUUGGGAUCUUCAGGUGGUUGCUGGGCUUCCUGGGCUGGUCUGGAUUUUCCUGAGGUUGUGGUUUGGCAAAUUGUAUUAUAG